AUGGCAGCGCCCACCCCCUCCUGGGCUCUCGCAGACAACCAGACCGCAGACCCCAAAGACAAGUCCGCAGGCCCCGGCGCACAAUGGCGUGCCCUCAAUGUCGGCCCAGACCUCAUCAGGUCUUUGCUCGUUCGAAAGUUCAAGUCCCCCACCCCCAUUCAGCGAGCGAGUAUCCCGACCGCACUGUCUACACCUCCCAGGGAUAUCCUUGGUAUGGCCAGGACUGGUUCGGGUAAGACGCUCGCCUACAUGAUUCCUCUUCUCCAGCGAACAGGAGCGGCACACCGAAGCCAAGGACCUCGAGCUUUGAUUUUGUGUCCGAGUCGAGAGUUGGCCAUGCAGAUCUACACUGUCGGAAAGGACCUUGUGCGAGGGAUGAGCAAGAAGGGAAAGGGCAAGAAGAAGGUCGACGAGGACGAAGAGAUGGCGGAGGACGAUGAAGCAAAACAAGCUCUACGAUGGGCAGUCAUUAUUGGUGGUGAAGGAAUGGAUGCUCAGUUCAGCAAAAUGUCUUCAGAGCCAGACAUUAUCAUUGCCACCCCUGGUCGAUUCCUGCAUCUUAUUGUUGAAAUGAAGAUGGACCUUCGUCACCUCCAAACCGUCAUCUACGACGAAGCCGACCGUCUUUUCGAAAUGGGUUUCGACGUUCAGUUGCGGGAAAUCUUGCACCGUCUCCCCUCCACCCGCCAAAACCUUCUCUUCUCCGCCACCCUCCCCACGUCCGUGGCCGAAUUCGCGAAAGCCGGUCUCGUAAACCCUUUGCUCGUUCGAUUGGACUCGGAGCGAAAGAUCUCCGAAGAUUUGUCGCUCAAGUUCUUUGCCGUUAAGCCCACCGAGAAGGAAGCGGCCUUGCUCGUCCUUCUUCGGGAGGUUCUCGGUAAACCCAACCAGCCCCAAAUGUCGGAAACCAACGCCUCCCCUCAAGCUAUCGUCUUUGUCGCUACCAAGCAUCACGUCGACUAUGUCGCCGAGCUCCUCCGCAUCACCGGCUACCGCACUUCCCUGAUUUACUCGUCUCUCGACCAAGUUGCCCGUCAACAACAGUUGGCAGGCUUCAGGUCGCACAAGUCUGAUGUGUUGGUCGUCACUGAUGUUGCUGCUCGUGGUCUUGAUAUCCCCAUCAUGGACCAUGUGAUCAACUACGAUUUCCCUGCCGGCGCGCGUAUUUUUAUUCACCGAGUCGGUCGUACAGCCCGUGCCGGAAGAAAGGGUACCGCCUAUUCCUUGGUUGUCAAAGAGGACUACCCUUACUUCUGCGACCUCCAUGCUUUUAUCGGCGCCGAGCGUCUUGGCGAGGCCCAAUAUACUCUCCGCAGUAUGCCCACCGAGCUCUUGAGCGAAAAUGUCGAGUACGUCUUUUCGUCCCUAGAAGAAAUUGCGCCGCAUCUCUCCGCUUUGAGGGGCGUCAUGAAGAAGGGUCAAGGAAUGUUUGAACGUUCACGUACAAAGGCCAACCCCAUUUCUUACCGCGCCUCCAAAGCGCUCUCCACUGCGCUCUCUGCCCGGGGCGGAGCGAGGUUGGAUGGUAUGUUUGAAAAUGCCAUGGAGGACGAAGUGAAUGAGGAAAAAGCACGAUUGCUCAAGCAAGUGGCCGAGUUUACGCCAGAUUGGACGGUGUUUGAAGUUGGAAAGCGGGAGAGUGAGAGUGCUAUUAUCAUGCAGAAGCGGAGGAAGACGGUUGACGAGAAAAAGAAGCGUGCUUCAAAGGCCGAGGCCGACCAGGCAGCUGCGAGCGGCAUAGAGAGGGCGGUGAAGGCCAAGGAGAGAAGGAGAGCGGCUGUGCUCCCUCAGUUGCCCGAGAAAGAUUGGAAAGACCCUUCCUUCUUCCUUGACCAUACCCGCUCAGGCGCCGAUGAAGAGAAGGGUUACUCUCUGAAAACCGGUGCAGACGUGCCCACAAACCUCAACAAUGCCGUCACAGACUUUACCGCCGACGAAGGUGCGGGGCCCAGAGCUCAAAAGGCUUCUCAACUCUCUUGGGAUCGUAAGAAGCACAAGUUUAUCCAAAAGAGCGGUAGUGCCGAAGGAGUAAAGAUGAUCAAGAGUGAGAGUGGAGCGCUGCUGCCGGCGACGUAUAGCAGCGGCAAGUACAAGGAGUGGCAGAAGAAGAGGAAGAAUGUGGUGGACGGGCCUGUUGACCCGCUCAGCGGCGCGGUCGGGGGACAGGGGAGGAAGGGCAAGCAUGGACCAGUGGGUGUCAAGAGGAAGGACAGGGAAGAGGGCGACGGAGAGGAGAGCGGUCCCAGGGGCAAGGGCGGCAGGGACGGCGACAGGCCCGGGAAGCCGGGCAAGAAGGGUGGGGUCAAGCAGUCUUCUGGUAUCAGAUCUGCCGAAGAUAUCAGAAAACACAGAGCUACAAUGGCCAAGAGAAAGGAGAAGAACGCCCGAAAGCCCCACAAGUUCAGAAAGUAG